AUGGGUAAAGCUUUAAGCAAAGCAAAUCCAUCACAUGUUAGAAAGAACGAUAACGGAAGCGAUGCUUUACAAAAGCGAUUUUAUGAAAUAAGUAAUGGAAAUCCGAAUAUUGAUAAAGUCGCCUUCCAAAAAUUUACCACUACGGUGCUAAGUCCUCAAAUGCAGUCAAUUAUUUAUGAUGCCUUGCAAAACAAAGAAAAUGUGAUUACAGAGAAGACAUUUAUUAAGUUUGCUAAAAUGAUGCUUGGUGAUAAAGAUCAACAAGCUGAGGCUCUUAUACAAUUUAAUCGACCAGUAGAAGAGAUUCUGGACGCUAUAGUUUCGUCAUUUUUUAUGUAUCAAAAUUUGGAUCUCCAAAGCGGCACACUUUUGACUGAUUAUUUCAUGCAAAAUAUGCCGCCAGCUUUGAAUGUACGCACUCUUUCCAACUUCAUUAAGCGUGAAAUACUUUUGCAAAUUAUGAUUGCACAAACAAAUCAGAUGCUUCAUCUAGUUCCAGGAAGUAAUUUUCUGUUUCUGCCUGAAACUUGCAAACACUCAAUUCUCACUUCAGCCGCACUGUGCCUUUUGUAUGCAAAUUUACCUGAAAAUUUGAGAGCACAUUGGAAGUUGAUUUUUUCAAGUGUAAGAGAUGGCGAAAGUUUUACACAGUUGCUGAAAAACGUCAGUGAUGCGGGUCCUUGUUUAAUUGUCAUCGAAACAGCAUCUAACCGAGUUUUUGGUGGAUUUGCUGACCAAGGUUUCACAAGUGGUCCCCUCCAUACUGGAGAUACUCAGUGUUUUCUGUUCCAGGAUCGACAAAAGCUGAAUAUUUAUCAUUCCACGGGUUAUAACAAAAAUUUUUGCUAUAUUAAUACACGCCAAGCUUCAAUGCCAAAUGGAAUUGGAAUGGGAGGUUACGAUGACAACUGGUCAUUCUUUGUGGAUGAAGAUUUGCGAACUGGCAAUUCAACACCUGGAAUGAGCACAUUUGAAAAGUGCUGGUUGGCUGAGGAAACAACUUACAUGCCGAAAACUAUUGAAAUAUGGCAGAUUGGUGAACGGUGGAGUCAAGCAGAAGACAUGAUUCUGAAUGAAAUAGUUCGAGAACGCACAUUAACAAAUAAACGUGAAGCACGUGCAGUUCUAGAAUUGAGUGGAAAGGAACUUCGUGGCGAUAUUUUCAAAGAUCAAAAAAAGUUUAAUAUAAAUAACAUUAAACAAUAA